CAUUAUCUUGUUGUUAUUAUUGAUGAUGAUGUUUUUUCUCUCUCUGUUUAAUCACAAAUACUAUUGAAAAACUUGAAUAUAGAAUUUAUGUUAUCCAUUUCUUAUUUCAAAAAAAAAAAAAUCUUGUUUGAAAAAAUUUUCAUUUGAAUCGUCAUCAAUGUUAUAUUUUCUGUCACCCUCUUGCAUUGUGAAAAUCAUUUAUCAGCGAUCAUCAUCAUCAUCAUCGUCAUCAUAAGUUUGUUUCGAAUUAAUUAGAAAAAAAGAACUUUUUAAAUUUAAAAAGCAAAACACUUUUUUAAUUAAGUUUCGACAAGGUUACCCGAUCAUAAUAUUUUGAGUAAAAAACAGAGUGUGAGAGUUAUUUUUUUUUAAAUUAAACAAAGAGUUUCUGAAACAAAAUGGAAAAAUUAUUCAUUCAAAUCAUCUUGAUUUGGUCAUCGGUGAUUAUGAUGAUAAAUGCGACAAAAACGGUGAAAAAUGUUGCCAUUGUUCGUGAAAAACGUUCAUCAUUAUUACCAACAACAACGACAUUGCCUUCAUCAUCAUCAUCAUCAUCAUCAAUGUCCUUGGAAAAUCUUAAUAUCAAUAAUAAUGGUAUUUCAGCAAUUUCUCCAGCUACAUCAUUAACAAUUGGUUCAUUUUAUCGACCAUUUACAACAACAUCAAUGAUGUCCACAUUGGUUCCAUAUAUUCCACAUCAGAAUAUUUAUCCAAUUCCAUAUCAAUCAUCAUCAUUAUCAUCAAUGCAGCCAUCAGCCAUUUCAUUGUAUGCAUCACCAUUGAUCACAACAUUACAAUGGAAUCCACAGCGUAAUCCAAUUGCAUUCACGGCUACUAUGCCAAUUUUUGCACAUUAUAUUACAACAACAACUGCCAACAAUCAUCCAUAUAAUGUUGCUAAUAUUAAUCAAAAUAUGUUUCAAAAACGAAUCGAUAAUUCAUCAUCAAACGAUAAUAAUAAUAAUAAUGAUCAAUCUGUUCCAUGUAAAACUUCUUCUUUUCCAAUAUCAUCAUCAUCAUCACAGGCAAUAAAUCGACCAUUAGCAUCAUCGGAAACUUAUCCCGUUUAUGUAUUACCACCAAAAGAUUUUCAACCAAUUAUUUAUCAACAACCGAGUUCAUUGGCUAGUUUUUUUACACCAUUACCAUUAAUCUAUCAACAACAGAACAAAUUGGAUAGAAUUCCUGAAGAGGUUUGGUAUGAUAUCAGUACUAAUAGUGAGAAAAAUUUAAAAUCAAGCAUAACGAAAUCAAAUCAAAUCGAUAAAAUUGAACAAUUUGAUAAGAAUAAAAUAACAUUAAUACCAGUUGAUGAAGCUAAUUUUGAUAAUAUACCAUUGUUGGAAGCAUCGGCAUCAACAGUUAAACAAGUUAAUAGUGCCAAUGACACCAUCAUUGUAGCUAAAAACAACGUCGAUAAUGAUAAAAUCGAUAAAAGUAGUUAUCCAACUAUAGACAUUGCAAUCAAUCCAUAUAGUAGCAGGUCAAAUGAUGUUAGUGGAAAUCCCGCUACUAUCAUAAAUCUUGAUAAAUCAAGAAAAACGACAUCCUUAACAUUUUCUUCAAAUAUAAAUAAAAGUAACAACAACAUUAAUCAACUACAAAAUGAACAACGAUGGCCAUAUAAAACAAAAUUACCUGUCGGUUUAUCCAGUUUCUUUUUAGGCGGUACACGUGGAGUAAGUGGACGUCAUUGGAAUUUACCAUCAAAUAUACAAAAACAAUUAGAAUUUAUGCCAAAUUUAAUUCCAUCGAUAAUAUCUAAUAAUGAAUAUUAUCCCGAUCAAUCGAUAACUGAUCCAAUUGUUGAUAAAAAUGAACAUCCAGAACCAGAAAAAGAAGAUACUGAUUAUGAUAAUCAACAUUCAAAAACGAUAACAAAAAAUCUAUUCAAUAUGAAUACUGUUGUCGACAGGGAAGAAGAUCUUGAUGCACAGGAAAGUAAAAUCAUCAUAACAAUGCCUCAAAAAAGAUAGAACGAAGAUUCAAAUUAAAA